UCGAGCUACUAGGAAAAUACUUUAGGCGCCCGUUUUCCCCUUUGGUUAAAGUGUACAUCGAAGACUUUAUGAAGUAUCCCAUUGUCUUGAAACAAGUGCAGCACAUCAUUAGCACGCUGAAAAUAUUUGGAUUAGCAGAUCCUUUAAAUGGCAUGAUUAAAACGCUUUCACAAUUCCAAACAAUUUUGGAGAACAGUGCAGCGCUCACCCUCACUGAUUUGGACAAAUCAAUGACAUAUGUACAUGGAAUAGUUUCAUCAUUUUCAGGAGAAAACCUUGAUUGUGUGAUGGAGGAGCUGUCAAGAUCCAGUGAACUACUUGGAUUUGUCGAAGAAAUAGUUGAUGAAGAUAUUCGUUUUUUGAUUGACGCUGUUGAAGAACAUUCAGAUCAGUUUUUAUCUGAGUCAUCAGUUUCGGACCUUAUCGAUGUCCAUGGUUUCUUAGCACCACUGAUUAAGAUACGAAAGCAAAACAAAUGCAGUCCUUUGAGUUUUCUCGAGAUGUUAAAAGCAUUCUGCAUUGGUCAUGAAGACAUAGCAAUGAAAAUUCAUCAGUGCAGUACAAACGUGAAUAGCCUUCGUGGAUUGUACACAAGUAUUGCAAACCGCGGGGAGAUGACUAAGGAAAUCAUUAGUAACUGCCUGAAGCGGGGAAUAUAUUGGGUGUCGCAAAAAGAUGAAAGAUGUGAAACUAAGAUUAGCUAUGAGCUUCAGGGAAGCAGUGAAGUGAAAACGUGCAAUUACACGUUGUCAGACCUACAUGACUUACGGAGCCGUGCGCAUCUCAUUGUUACUUCCCACAAAAAUGCUAUCAAGGUACCGUUAGGCCCUUCUAAGGAAAGUAGCGACGAUAUUGAUUUUGAUAACUUUAUUUAUCAAGUUAAUCUAUUGACGGAAAUUUCUACUCUUCUAUCGGAAUUACGUACAUCUGGGUAUGUGAAAUAUCGGGAAUUCUGGAAACGAAUAAAAACUACCAAAGAACUUAAAACUACCAGGGACACUCUUUUAACUGAUCUGCAAGAAUGGGAAAACAUCCUCAAGAAAGAACGCGAAAACUUUCACUUUCUGAACUAUUAUCGUUCUGAUCAACUAUGCACGCUGUAUGAUUUUUUCAUUAGUGAAUCCGAGAAUAAUUUUGACGAAGUUCUUCCAUUAAUCCAUUUCGUUGACCGCACGAUCACUAAACCGCAGUUACAGAAAUACCGAAAGCUACAGAAGAAGCAGACAACAUCAGGCUCGGACGCUAGUGCCGACUUAUUAGUAGCAACUGUUGGUCAAGCGUUAGAAAAUAUUUUCAGUAAUUCACAACCAGUCAUCAGAUGGGUACCACUUGAAGAACAAACACAAUCAUACAUUAAGCUGGACGCUACAGUCACACCAGGAGAAAUUUUUGUCGCUUGUUUGGAGAAGAAAAGUCCCCAAACAGCCAACGUCGUCCUCACACUGUACGAGAACACGUCAAAAGCGUUUCCUGAACCGCAUCAAAUUGUUUUCUGCAGUUCCCAAACAACAUGGCAAGAAAUACACCUUUUACUCCAAAGAUGCUUCGCGCAUUCAAAAUGCCCUCAACAAAAUAGUCUCUAUUGUAUUGCAAACGUUGAAUUGCUACCAAAUGAAUUGCAGUUUCAAUUAGUAGACGCAAUCAAAGCAAAGCAGAGAUGCUACGAAAGUCACGAGAUCAUUAAGGAGAAGGCUGAUUAUCAACUAGCUGUAAUAUGCCGUGGUGGCGACCAUCACCACAUUGCCGAACAGUUUUCCCAGUAUACACACCACAUUGCGAGUAUGAGUGAUCAAGUCCUUGAGAGUCGCCUUCAAUCCGGUUGGCCUGAUAUCAAAAUGGUCACAUCCACUCUUCCUGGUCUUGGUAAAACAGAACAAAUAAAAUACGAAGUUCUGAAAAAAGGUAUGAAUGUUGCUUCAUUUUCCAUCAGUGGCCCAUUUGAGCCCAGCAAGCUCAUCAAGCGUCUUAAAAAGCUCAAGCUUAAGAAGUACCAUUGCCUGCAUCUGGAUAUUGGAGAAGUUAGUGACCCACUGUCAUUGGACACAUUCUUAUUUCAACUGAUUGUCACAGGAAUGGUUUCAGCUGGAAAUCAGUUCUAUCAUCUACCUACAACACACAUCUACAUUGAAAUAGCGAAUACGCUGAACGAUUUCCUUCGAGAGUCAAUGAUGAUAUCAAAGUACUUCACUCGCAUUGACUUAAAAUGGCAGAAUUUCAAGGAUCUUUUGGUCAGCCCUGAAAUCACAAGUGAUGUCCAAGUUGUUUGCCAUCAUUUAGAUAUCUUCGAUCGCGCUCGUUUUGACUUGGAGGAAGUUUACUUCAGUGGACCAAAAAGAGCAAAGCCAAUGGCAGAACAUCGUUGCCAGGAGCUUUUGGCAAAAUAUUUCGCGUCAGAUGCCGAUAUUACCUUUACAACGCUCCAAACAUUCCUAAGCGUUCUGGCCGAUCAACUUCUGAAGUUUUCUAAAAGUGCAUUUUUCAGAAUUCCACAUCUCAAAUCUAUGUUGGGCAAAGGAAGCCAAGGUAUCCGCAACAAUCUUUUCAAAGCCUUGUUAGAGUUAUCAAGGGAGUUCGCAUCCCGAGCCAUAACAACAUGCCGUUCGAGUGAAAAGCGGAAUCUUUCUCAGAAAGAAUCUGCAAUGGCUCUAGACAAAGCGUUGACGUUGAAAACCAAAUCUGCCACCGAUAUGGUUGAACGGGUUGAAGGAAUGAUACAGUGGGAAGACAGCAACCAUUUGUUGGUCGUGUUUCAUGGUCUUAACUCGCAAGCCAUCACUGCUGUGUAUCGGAACAGAUCAUUGGUUCCUUUAAAUGUUGAGAAAUUGCUAAUGAGCCAAGCGGUACGAAAAAAUACCAAGCUCGACGACUUCAAGGUUUUUACCCAAGAACAACUACAAGAGAAGUUAGAGAAGAUAGCUGGCGCAAAAAUGGUUAAAAACCCCGAAUUAUUCCAAAGUUACGCAUUAACACCGGAUAAUGUCUUGAAGAUGAUACUGAUCAUAUUACGGGUUCGUGUGAAUGCACCGGUGAUUAUCAUGGGGGAGACAGGAUGUGGAAAGACCAGCCUCGUCCGCUACUUAGCGAAUACAUGCGGUAUUCAUUUCUGUACAUUCAAUUUCCAUGCAGGAAUAUCGGAAGAGGAGAUAAUCGCAUUUAUCAACACGAGCGAAUGCCUUGCCGAUAAAAAGAAAGAGCAAAUCUGGAUAUUCUUGGACGAAAUCAACACGUGUGACCAUCUAGGCUUGAUCAAUGAUAUCAUGUGUCAUCAUUCCAUGCUCGGACGACGACUGUCCAACAAUCUUGUUUUCCUAGCAGCUUGUAAUCCGUACAAGUUACGUCCAGAAGAACACAUCAAGACAGCUGGCCUUGAAGGCAAGAAUAUCGUGGAUGAAUAUUCCGGACUUGUGUAUCGUGUGCACGAACUGCCUGAAGCUAUGGUUGACUAUGUGUGGGAUUAUGGCUCCCUUGCCCCGGAAGAUGAACGAGACUACAUCCAAAGGAUGGUGAGAGAGAUUCCAAAAAAAUAUGAAGGUUUACUUGUUGAUCUGCUUUCCGCAUCUCAAAAGUUUAUUCGGGAAGCCGAAAAUAAUUCUUUUUGUGUCAGUCUUCGCGAUGUGCAUCGCUGCAUUCGGCUAAUAAAAUGGUUUCAGGACAUGAUAAUAAAGCGCAAGGAGCUAAAAUGUACCCUAGAUGACGAAUGUCCUCAGCACCUUCGAAUUUACCAUUCGAUCUCAGAACGGUUCAACACGAAACCUAUGAUAAAAAGCAUUGUUCUUACUCUCGCCCAUUGCUACUUGUCCAGAUUACCUACUUCAGAGUUGCGAAAGAGCUAUCGAGCACAUAUGAUGGAGCUGUUUCUUAGAAAUGGAACUUCAAUGAGUCGUGGAAAUAAUUCCGAUGCUUUUGCCGCCAUUGUACGUAUGGAAGAAGAAGAUUAUUUAAAUCGGAUGGAACUCCCCCCUGGCACAGCAAAAAACGCCGCCCUGCGUGAGAAUGUCUUUGUUAUGUUGGUUUGCAUCUUAAAUCGUAUUCCUAUUUUCGUAGUUGGAAAGCCUGGUUGCAGCAAAUCCUUAUCCAUUCAAUUGAUUCGAAGCAAUUUACGAGGACGAGAUUCGCGUGAUCCAUGGUUCAGAGAGUUACCACAACUUUAUGUAGUCUCGUAUCAAGGUUCAGAAUCGUCAACUUCCGAAGGAAUCAACAAAGUGUUUGAAAAGGCACACAAAUACAAAUCACACAACAAAGAUGGAAAUGUUUUGCCUGUUGUUCUGCUGGAUGAAGUCGGAUUGGCAGAAAAUUCUAAAUACAACCCACUCAAAGUCUUACACAGUUUACUAGAACCUGGAGAUGGGGAAUUGCCAGAGGUUGCAGUUGUGGGUAUUUCAAAUUGGUCGUUAGAUGCAGCGAAGAUGAACAGAGCAAUUCAUCUGUCCAGACCUGAGCCAACGAAAGAAGACUUGUAUGAGACUGGCCAUUCACUACAUUACGCUGAUGAUGGUGAUAGCAGCCAAAAUUUGGGAGAGAAGGAGUUAAUGUCCUUAGCAGAAGGCUAUUUCGAAUAUGAAGGGAAACAAACCCAUGCCAAUUUUCACGGUCUGCGUGAUUACUACUCUCUCAUCAAAAGCUUAACAGGUCGCGGCAACUCCAAAGAAGUCAACAUUUCACUACAGCGCAAUUUUGGAGGCCUUCCUGGUGAAGUAUCCAACAUUCAAAAGAUUUUUUUUGGAAAAUUAAAGAAGUAUAUGACAUCCAAUGAUCAAGAAAUUGUCCAAGUUACCAAAUUAAUUCGAGAGAAUCUUUCAGACCCCAAAGCACGUCACUUGAUGCUGAUAACAAAUGGAGACUCAGCCAUUGGAAUUUUAAGACAAAGUCUUGCUCAGCUAGAAAAGGAAACUAUCACAAUUUACGGCAGUCGAUUCGAAGAGGACUUGUCCGAAGAGUAUAAUUACAGAAUCCUGAGUCGUAUCAUUCUUUGCAUGGAACGGAAUUGCAUCCUGAUAUUAAAAGAUCUUGAAAGCAUUUAUGGAAGUCUUUAUGAUAUGUUAAACCAGAAUUAUGCCGUUGUUGGGAACAGGAAAAACUGUCGUGUGGCUCUUGGAGCACAUAGCAACCCAAUGUGUCAAGUAAACGAUGGAUUUCGCUGCAUUGUUCUUAUUGAUCAGCAUAAAGUAGAUUAUUCCGACCCCCCAUUCCUUAACAGGUUUGAAAAGCAAGUCUUGCGCUAUUCCGAUGUGCUGUCGGAAGACCAAAAGAAUGUGAUCAACGAGCUUGAGAGCUGGGUUCAAGCGAUCUCCACCGUACAGACUUUAGAGUCACAUUUCAGGGAAACAGAUACAUUCAUUGGUUUCCACGAAGACACCCUUCCAUCACUGGUCUUGUCACACAGUCAUGAUGCAGACACCUCAAGCAGCCACGACGCCGAUACCUCAGCAGGUGUUUUGAAAAAAUGUAAAGAUGACUUGAUGUGGAUUGCAUCGCCUGAUGGUAUGUUGCGGACCCAGAAAUGCAAUCUUUUGAAGGAAGAUUCGCACGAAGUGCAUGAAUUGAGAGAUGAAUAUUUCAAGAAACCAGUUCACCAGGGUUUUGCUUCCUUCAUGGACCACGUGGUGUCCAAUGAUCAGAAUCUGACUUUCUUUGCUGGUGAUGAGAUUGGAACUAAAACGGUUAUUAUGACAUUUUCCAACAUUCACACGGAUAUUGGUCGAUGUUUAGGCAGCGGUUUCAAAUGUCAAGUUGAACGACUGAGUGCGUACAAGUCUGAGAAACAACUAACUGAAAAAAUUAGCGAAUUCUGGAAUUCACCAGAAAAGAAAUUGUUGGUUUUGCAGUGUAAACCAGAUUUGGAUGGUGCCCAUUUACUCCUUGCCCGUUCCAUUAUUGAAGAAAAAAGAGAUGCCUAUAAGCGAUUUGUGCAACAAACUGAGGAAGAUCCACGAGGACGCAAGCAUGUUUGUAUCGUUGUUCACGUUCAACGUGGAGAAACAACAAAUGAUGUUUCCUGGCAGUUUAGCUUUUUGUGUGGUUGGAGACAGGUAUUCCUCGAUGUCCUUGAAGCUCCUCUUGUACCAUUAAAUGAAUUACUCGGGAAAAGCGUUCAGAAACUUCUCACAUCUCAAAUAUGGCCCAUUCGCCUGAUUGCAAAAAACGAUCUUUUAUGGUGCUUCACAUGCAUUAAAUAUACACAAAGCCAGCGACCUUUAGACAUGGUCUUACGCAUUUCCAAGAACCUUUUCGACUCGGAAGCAGUUUCAAAAGUCAUAGAGGAACUCAUCUUAAACUCGAUUGACUAUAAAGUUCUCCAACAAGAUCAGGAAACAUACUGUGAAGUAAAUUGGCAAGUGAAGGUUGCUUGUGAUCGCCAGUCGUUAAUCAAUUUCUCGACUCUUUACUGUGCAAUGGAGCAGUUCGUCUCUAGAUUAGUCCAAAAUCCAUUGGCUAAGAUUGUUUACUUCCUAGAAAAGGAGAAUGCUUGGCCACCUCACUUAGUCAAGUGGCAAACUUCUGAUGAAACUAUGUUGCCAGAGUUAGAAGAAAUAUGGUGCAAAUGUAUCAAGAAUACUAGCAUUUUCAAAAUGUCAGACAUACCUGAGCCACUUGGGGCGGAAUCAUAUUUACUUAGCAGUACCAGCCUUGACCUUUGCCUACCAUUCAGUCAAGUAAUUAUCAGGAAAGUUGAAGGCGUCAAGGAGUUGUUCUUAGAAGAUUAUACAACACUGAUAGCAAAUGAUGACAAUUUAGAAAAAAAUGGACGACUAAAACGGGAUGUUUGGCAAAAGCAACUCGAAAAAUUUUCCAAGAUGAUAACAGACCAGGUUCCCGAACUCCUUUUCUUCUCUUCUGACUGUCACGAUUUAUACAUGAAGGACAUUUUUGAUAUGGUAACAGCCGAUUUCAGCGAAACUUUAACUCGUCCCCAACGAACCUCAAUAACGAAGGCAGUGUUCAUUUCUGACGCUAAACAGAGCUUGCCAGCGAGUAAUUUGCCCGAGUUUUGUACACUCCUGCACACUUUUAUAUGGAUUCAUCGCGAACAAAUCCUUGAUCUGCUGAAAAUGGUUGAUUGCUGCGGACCGUUUGUACCACUAACAGUUACCGAAAAUGUGACAAAUGACAUGCUAAGCACAUCUGAAGACAUUGUGUUUGUGAAAACGCUGAAAAAGAGUGAAGGCUCUGAAGACGAGUCUUUGAUCGGCACUCAAUCAAAUUCUUGCGCUGAACUCCAAGCAGAUAAAGAAGAACAAAAUGGAGUUCAGCCUGCCGACAUAAAGCUCGAGUUUGACGAACAAUCAACGAACGUUGAACCCAUUAAAGAAGAGUCCAGUGAAGAAGAACUGAUCGAAGAACUCAACAAGGAACAACUUUUUGAACAGGAACCAGAUGAAGGAGAACCGAUUGAAAACGGAAUGGAGGACAUAGAAGACUCAGAGAGAUAUGGAGAUAUCUUAGUCACUGCAUACUGUGAAAAAAUGUUUCCCUCGCAGGAAAUUGUUAAAAACAACGGUGGUGUUGAACCUUGGAAACGAAAUGCUAAUUUGUUGCUUUCUCUUGCAUUCAAAAUUAGUGAACAUUCACCAGCAUUCCAUUACCUACGAUUGUGUGUUGAUUUCUCAAGGAUUGUCUUAAAUCCAAAGAUUUCAUUGACCUUAUCGUCGCUGCAUGAUCUAUACGAUAUUGGCGUAAGUCUUAAAUCCGGUUAUCUUGACAACGAACAGGCAUUCGAGACUAUAACAGAACAACUUAUCAAACCAUUGGAAAAAAAACUAAAAAAACAUAAGGAUGGGCAAGAAGGUUUACAGAAGUUCUCAGCUCUAUUUUAUGGUCGUUGUAUUGACACAAAUGUUGACACCUGUGGUGCUCGCCCGAUAAUCGAACAAGUUCUGUCCUUGAAGAGACCAGAAUUGGUAAUGAUGAUGAGUCCUGUUGUCUUACGGCUACUCAUGGUGGAGGAAAUACAGUCGCCUGGCAUAUUUAUGGAUAUAAUCACGAAUCCACGUACUAUUGAUAACUGUCCUUGUCUCGAGAAUAUUGACGAAGUAUUCAAAGAUCUUUACUCUGAGGGUUUGAUACAUCUUGACUCGUAUCCUGCUGUGAUGAUCUGUGAUCUAAUUCAAUUUUUGCUAAAUUUUGACGAACAUUUCACGAUCGAUGACAUUGAUAGUUCUGACUGUAAAGUUCUUACACUUGCUAAAGCUGCUUUGGCAUUCAUCUCACAAGAUGAAAUUGCUCGCGGUUUAUCCGUUCUUUCAGCUGUUGCGUUCCUUCGUGGAUUCUUCACAAUGUUAGCAAACUUCGUUGCUGGAAAUCCCAGUGCUGUGAAAGAAGAUAGCCAAUACAUCCACGUAAUGUCAGAAGUUAACUCACUACUUAAAGAUCCAAAAUCUUCGUUACAAGUAUUUUUCAUGAAACAACUUCACAAAACCACUAGUUUAUUUGAUUUACGAGUGUGGUUUGGCGAAAAUAACAUCCUUCCCACAAUGCAGGAGCUAUGGCGGAAUGAAAAAAGUGAAGAAAAGGCUGUGUUUACAUCUGUGUUAGGAUACCCUGAAUAUGAAGAAGUCAAAGCUGCCUGUUGGAACUUACAAUUAAAUGAUGACACACUAAUGAAAGAAUUUUUGAAGAAAUGUAAUCAUUCCCCAGAUCAUGUAUUUGCAUUACUUGGAUUUUUUAUAAACAUGGUCUACUUGAAACGGGCUGUGCGAAAGCUCACUGAUAAAGAAGAACUGUUGGUGAAGUGGAUAGCUGCGAAUGUCGCUUCGUUUCCGUCACUAUUUCAAGAACUUCUGUUGAGAGUUAUUGGUCGUCACGAUUUCAAUUCUCCCCAACUUCAGCCAUCGUCAGAGUCACCAGUGAAAGAUGUUGAACUGGCGUUACUAGUUCUCCAUUUUGCUUGUGUUGUUGCUACAGGUGCACUUCAAAAAACUUCGCCAAUUUAUCGAUAUUUCACUCUCACUGAUGAAUUUGAACCGCCUUGUGUUCUCGCCCACUGCGAAGAAGAGAUACGUUCCGUGUUUGAAUACAUACAAUCAUCAUCUACCAAAGCAUCUGACUGUGUUACGUGUGCUUGUGGCUCAAGAUUAGCUUUCAAGAGUGGAAGCAACGAAAAACUCUGUCCGCAUUGUCCCGAAAACUUGAAUGACAAGAAAAACUGCAGCACAUCCUCGGAGAAAUCUGCCACGUUGUCAUUGCCCCCCGAGAAUGACACAUGCCAUGAAUGGGACCUUUGCGCACCACACAUGAGUCCAGCCGUUUACCGUGCCUUGCAUUUUAUAGUGUAUUCGUCAUACUACACAGGAGUUGCUCUCGGAACUUCUUCUGAGGAGAAGUUGAGAAAAACCUUAAACGUUUUGCACGGACUUGAGCUUGACGAUGAAUCCACAACACCGGCAAAUUUUUGCUUCCAGAUUAUGGAAAAUGAUCUAUCAUUUUUGAUGAAAAUUCUUAGUUGUCAGAGAAGUGCCGCAAUCAAAACCCUGCAUCUUGUGUUAGAGAGAGCUUCGGGUCUGCUGAGAAGUAACAACCUACUAAAAAAGAACGACUGCUCGCCACCGGAGGCGCGACGAAAAUGGGAAACUAUGUUCGCCCUGCUUACCGAACCGGUGUUUUUAAACGGACGAGAAACGUCCAAGGAAAUUAAGGAGAUGAUAAAACUAGAGCACACAGAAGAAAGUCAAGAAACAGUCCAGCUUGAAUGUCGCAUUUUGGAACUUGAUAAUUAUCCGGAGGAUCCGGAAGAACAAAAUCAGCAACUAAAGAGAUUAUUCCGUGUAACCAAAGAAUCAAGUUUAGAAGACUUCAGGUCCACAUUUCUCAACUCUCCAAAUGAUGUACGAGAAAAGCACAGUUUUUUGACUCUGUUCUUUGCAAAGUUUGACCAAAUUUCGACAAUUGACAACCUCCACCAUCUCUUGAAAUGGUCUCGCCUGGUAUCGUCAGCAUUAACCCAUCGCAUCAGUAGAAAAGACGCGCAGUCUAAGUUCACCAUCAACGAUUUCAUCACUGGUCAUAUUCUACAACUAAAGCGAAACCCUGAUGAAACUAAACGUUUGAGAGAAUUGUUCAACAAAUUCAAAGAAGCAUGGAACAAAAUGCUCCCCUUAGUAAAGAAAGAACCUGGUGAUAAUCACGACAACAUGCCUCGAAUAGGGGAGACUAAUAGUGUAGCUCUCUGUCUGAUGGAGAGUGAUGAUGGUAUCUAUCUUGAAACAGCCAUUGGGAUUCUGGUUUCUUAUCAAAAUUCAAUUUUAGAUACAAUCAUUUCCCUUUCUGCGCAUCGCCACCCAGCUUUAAGUUUCCUGGAAAAAGAAAACUGUAGUGGAGUUCCGUGUAUCUCUAUUCAGAAGGUGGAUGAAAAACAAGUUAUAAAUUUCCAAUGGUCAGACGAUUUAUUCCAAGAUGCACGAAACAAUCCCGAGUAUGGCAAGGGUCACGAAAUCGCCUAUGAUUUCGAGAGAAUAGAAAUGGAGCUGGCAACAGAAAUCGCAUUUGGAAAGUGCUUCCUGACGGGGACCCUAAACAAGUUUAUUUUCGCGAAAGAGUUGUUCCACUCGUGUGGUCCUUUGCUGACAGAGAUCCGAUCCCAAGUGACACAAAGCUCUAAACUGCCGGAAGAUGUGCGUAAAGGUGUGUCGAACCUAAAAGAGGAGAGGAUUAGAGAAGCUCAAGAUCUUCUUCAACAUAUCGAGGUACUGAUCUUCCUGCUUAAAAGAAAAUUGAAGAAAUUCAACGAGGAUAUGACCCUGGAAGAGCUCGCCGAAAAAUGGUCACCGUUGUUACCAAGUCCCUUCCCAGUAAAACUGUUACCCAAACCACGUAGUUCGAUCAAGAUUAAACACGUUGCUGCCCUUUAUGAAGCUCUUGAAGAUGUGCUUGCCGAUGGAGCCAUCGAAGGACUGGCCGAGAAAUUCCGAGAUGAGUUGCCAGAUGAGAUGAAAGAAACCAUUAAAGCUCUAGUUGGCGGGGAAGUUGAACAGUUCAAGCCACAAAACUUUUUGACAGCAGUACGUCGUUUCGUGUUUCGUUAUCUCUCGUCAGAAACUGAAAGAUAUUGGCCAGACGAACAUAACUCUUUGCAGUCUAGCUUGAAGGAACCAUCAUUGUGGUUCCCUCUGGGUCCACCGAACCUGGACGAGAUCCCGCUAGAAAUCACUCUCGAAUACAUUCACUCAAUUGUGAAAUAUAUAGAAAAAUUGGAGAAGGAAAGAAAGGGAAAUAGCGGAAGACUGGGCCUGAGAAGUUCAUCGCGUCAAACACAGGCAACCAAGCAAUCCGGCCGACGUCGAAUUCAAAAGUUCUCCCGCAUAUAGGCGGAUAUGGUGUGAAGUAUUAAUUCAGUUUACUGUUGAUCUUUAAUAAAGCCCCGUUUACACUACGCUCAAU